CGUUUCACAGAGAAAUCCUGUCUUGAAAAAAAAAAGAAUAGCACACAUUGAAAAGAGAACAGGAAGAUGUUUAAAAUACCUGAAACUACUAGAAGUUAAAAAAAAAAUUUGGUGUAAAAUAAGGUGACAGUUAGAUACAUUGAUGAGUCUAGUUGAAGAGAAAAUAAACAAAUUAGAAAAUAGAUCUGAGGGAAUCAGUGUCCAUGCAACACAGGGAAGGGACAGUGGGUGUGAUGGUUGUUUGUGAUGUCACCUGGCCUUUGUGACCUGUAAUUGGUCAGUGUGAGCUUCGGUAUGGGGAGAAUGGAGGAAGAGGAGGCAGAAGAAUCAGUAGGACAUUCCUGUGAAGGGCUUGAAGACUGGGCUAAGUGUUCAUCUGCAGCUUCAUGGUGGCUGCCCCCAUCUUCGGCUACCUGGGUGACCGAUUCAAUAGGAAGGUGAUCCUCAGCUGUGGCAUCUUCUUCUGGUCGGCCGUCACCUUCUCGAGCUCUUUCAUCCCUCAGCAGUACUUCUGGCUGCUGGUCCUGUCCCGAGGGCUAGUAGGUAUCGGUGAAGCCAGCUACUCCACCAUAGCACCCACCAUCAUCGGCGACUUGUUUACCAAGAACACACGCACGCUUAUGCUGUCGGUCUUUUAUUUCGCCAUCCCACUGGGCAGCGGCCUGGGCUACAUCACAGGUUCCAGCGUGAAGCAGGCAGCUGGAGACUGGCACUGGGCCUUGCGGGUGUCCCCUGUCCUGGGCAUGAUCACAGGAACACUCAUCCUCAUCCUGGUCCCAGCCACUAAGAGAGGCCAUGCUGAUCAGCUUGGGGGCCAGCUCAAAGCACGGACCUCAUGGCUUCGAGACAUGAAGGCUCUGAUCCGAAACCGCAGUUACGUCUUUUCCUCCCUGGCCACAUCUGCCGUGUCCUUCGCCACAGGGGCCCUGGGCAUGUGGAUUCCCCUCUAUCUGCACCGUGCUCAAGUUGUACAAAAGACCGCAGAGACGUGCAACAGCCCGCCCUGCGGAGCCAAAGACAGCCUCAUCUUCGGGGCCAUUACCUGCUUUACUGGCUUUCUGGGAGUGGUCACAGGUGCGGGAGCCACUCGCUGGUGCCGCCUGCGGACUCAGCGGGCUGACCCACUGGUGUGUGCGGUGGGCAUGCUGGGGUCUGCCAUCUUCAUCUGCCUCAUCUUUGUGGCCGCCAAGACCAGCAUUGUGGGCGCUUAUAUAUGCAUCUUUGUUGGGGAGACACUGCUGUUUUCUAACUGGGCCAUCACUGCAGACAUCCUCAUGUAUGUGGUCAUCCCCACCCGACGAGCCACGGCUGUGGCCUUGCAGAGCUUCACCUCCCAUCUGCUGGGGGAUGCUGGAAGCCCCUACCUCAUUGGCUUUAUCUCGGACCUUAUCCGCCAGAGCACCAAGGACUCCCCGCUCUGGGAGUUUCUGAGCCUGGGCUAUGCCCUCAUGCUGUGCCCUUUUGUCGUGGUCCUGGGUGGCAUGUUCUUCCUUGCCACCGCUCUCUUCUUCCUCAGCGACCGUGCCAAGGCUGAACAGCAGGCUUUCCCACCUCCCCCUGGGGCUGACGAGGUCCCUGCCCAGCGCCUCCGGUCUACCGGCCCCAGUGAUGCGAUGUGCCAGAGCCGUGCCUGGGCCCAGUCCCCGCUGAUGUGCCACCCUGACCCCCGCCCGUCUCUCCCUCAGGGUGAACCAGCUGGUGAUGCCGCCUGCAUCCGUGAAAGUCUGAGGUGGUGCAGCUGGGACAGCAAUGAUCUGCAAUUUAGAUUGGGAGAGGUCCUCCAGCAUCCUGGACCUGCAGGACCGUCCCAAAGCUUCCCGUGUGACUCACAGCUGGGUACACACCCUCUUUGGCCCAGGACUGAGUGGCCCUAUCUCCAAGAAGCUGCAUCCUCAGUUAACAUGGAGGACUGUGUGUGCUGGAGCCACUCAGGUGGACACAAUUCCAGCCCUGGUUGGGGGACGCAGGGACAAAAGAGAAGUCAGCCUGCAGUGGGCAUUUGGGGGAAGCCUGGCCGGCCCUUAGCUCAUGUGAUCUUGAGGGAGCCCCUAUCCUCCCUAGACAAUGGGGCCAAGGAGCUGGAGCUUCCUCCAUUGCGUGCCUUCCAAGGCGCCCUUCACAGCUUUGAAGAAACAAGUCCUAGGCUGUACACAGAAGACAUGACCCAAGUCUCAGGACCUCAGUUCUGGUUCUGAGGUCCCCCAAAAGUUCUGGUGUACAGGGACCACUUCCCCAUUCCUAGGCUCUAACCUUGGGGCCGUCAAAUUCAGCCUGACCCGUGGAGCUGGGUACCUGCUGUUGGGCCAGUCACCCUGGAGGACACUGUCUCUGCUGUCUUCAGCUGGUUCUUUGCCCGGAGGUUGUUCCCAGGUGGGACCACCCCUUAGAGGACUGCAGCACUGGGGGUGUGCACCCUGGCAGCACCUGCACCAGGGGCUGAGACCUUGAGAACCCACUUCCUCACCCCACCCCCCAACUCCUGCUGUGCCCCAGAAGCCACUCCCCCCUACAGGAUGACCUCUUCAAUGAGGAGUCAGAUUCAGAUUUGGCUGCUGAAAGCUGUACCUAGCAGUCCACACUGCUUCUUGGCUUAGGGUAUGGAACUGCUGGAGAUUUCCCACCAGUGCCUGUAGGUAUCAUACCCCAAUUGACUCUUGGGGGGGGCCAGGCUUUCACCUCAGCCUUUGAUCACCCUACUCCCCUGACCCACCCCCCAGCCCCUCACUCCCCUGCAGCCACCUUAGUCACCUCUGGACACUUAUCCCCAGCUUCAUACUCUUUGCACGUUGUGACCAAGGUGGCUCUGGUCCUGGGGUACUGUUGUAACCUACAGGAAACUUCCAGAACCGGCUUGGACAACAGUCCCCUGUGGCUGUCUUCCACUUGCUGGCUGUGGCUUCAGUGGUGUUAGUUAGUGGUACCCAUCCCACCCAAGCUCUGGGGCACCCUGGGGGUUUGGAUGUGGGUGGGCGGAGGGUGCUAUCCCUUACGACCAGCCUUGCUCCCACCCUAACCCCAGCAGGGGCUCCAGCAAUGUUUUCUUGUUGUACAAGAACCAGGUCCAAGUGUUGCCUCCUCUUCCUUCCGGAAGCUGAACCGCUCCUUUAUUUUUUAGAGCUGCUGAUUGUGAAUCUCAGAGUCUUAAGAGAGAAGCCAAAUAUAUAUUCCUCUUGUAAAUGAAGAAAUAAACCUAUUUAAAUGUU